CAUUGCAUAAAUCUAUUGUUUUUUGUUCUUUUUCGGUAACGUAUCAAGUCCACGAUGUCAUACUUUUGGUCUCUCGCAUUCCUGGCCGCCGUUCCUCUCGUCAUGGCCUUUCCAACGGGCGCCCCGGCCGGUGCUUGUGUGAACUUGACACCGGGCCAUCGGUAUAACGCAAGUGUGAUCUUCCCGCCUCAAACUGGGCCAAGUCCCUAUGUCCUCAACGUCAGCAAGAACAUGUACACUCCAUCUGAAGAGCUCACAGUGUCCGUCACCGGCGGAUCAUUCAAAGGUAUUCUCCUGCAGGCUCGGUUGGCGGACGACACCCUGGUCGGCACGUUCAGCGACCCACCGACUAACACUAAACUUGUCAAAUGCACUGGCCCUGGAGACAGCGUUACCCAUACAAGCACCACCCCCAAAGAGGCGGGAACAUCCUUUACCUGGACCGCUCCUGGUAGUGAUGUCGGGAACGUUAUUUUUACGGCGACCUUUGUUCUAGAGUACGACGAGUUUUGGGUGAAAGUUACUUCUCAAGAGAUACCUUCAACGGAUAUUGACGAAUGCUCCGUGAAUGAUCCAGCGCCCUGUGAUACUAAAAAUGGGGCGUGUGAGAACUCAGCCGGGUCUUACAGCUGUUCGUGUAACGCUGGAUACAAACUAAGCACUGCUGAUGGCUUCACAUGCAAUGGAGCACCAUGGGUUACCGUCAAUUCAGCAUUGAUCAUCAGUCUACUCUGUAUGGUCUUUGUCGCUACCAAGCAGUAAUUCCAGUCUAAUGUUUUGCCCGUAGAAACUACACGUACUUGGCAUCCAGUUGCGUAG